AUGACGGGUACAGAACGUCGCAGCCGUCCGGGCAACCUCGCCAACAUGCCUCCGCGCACUCCCAUCACACGCACCCCUUCCCCCACCAAGAAGCCGUACCCACCUUCCUCGGCCGCCAACAACCUCAGCAGCCGCUCCACGCUCGCACAGAGGUCCCACCAGCAUCCGCACUUUGACACGCCCAACUUCUCCAUCAACGCUCACUUUGCCGAAGCUUUCGGUGCGACUCCCAACUACGAGCUUCCGGCCGACGGCCUCUUCCACGCAGACGAUGCCGCCGCAGCCGCAGCCGCCGCCUCCUCUUCCGCCACUUCCGCCAACUCCUACUGGCUCACAGAACACCGCUCCCAGUCCGUUCCACCAAGGAUAGCUGCAGAGAGCGCAAACUCAAACUCCCGCUCCAACAACCUCCGCCGCGCAAUGCCCACCAUCGAUACCAGCGCAAGGCCACUCUCAAGGCGAGAGUCCCUCAUGGACGAGGCAGAGAAGCGUCCCACCAGCCCUCACAUCACCUCGGCCACUCCCACAAGCGCACGCCAUCACCACCUUCCCUUCUCCUCCACCUCCAACCAGCCAUCGUCCGCUGGCCAUCAUUCCUCGUCCCGCCCCGGCUCGUUUCAUGAGCAUGACUCGCAGCGCAUCCGUCAGAACAAAAGCCCCGCCGUACACCGCGUGGCCUCGCCCUCCCUCCUCAACUCUGGCAUCGGCCGUGCCGCCGUCUCGGCUGCACAGUCCAUCAUGGAUGCCAUGGCCGGUCGCUCCUCCCCAGCAUCCACGCGCAACAAGCACGUCGCCCACUCGGACGAUCACGACAGCCUCAGCGACGACGAGGCCGGCAAGGGUCACGGUCGCAAAGCCAUCCCGCCCGUCGCAAAUCGCUUCACCCCUUCGCUCUCCCACCCGCGCAAUCAUGCCCACUUUCACGAGAAGCAACCCUCACCCGCCGCUUUCGACCAUGCUCACCACGCUGCCCAGGGCGUCAGCGCCGACAUUGCUUGGCAUGCCGGCAUCUCGGAAUCGCGAAGAGCGACCCCAGCCGCCUACCGGCCCCGUCCCGCCACGCCCUCCCGGCGGCGCGCCAGUCAGCAUCAGGACCGCCAACCCACCGCCGACGACAGCACCGACAUGCAUCUGCCUGACAGCCUCAAGUCCACCCACUCCUCCAUCCACAUUGGCUCGCCCAUCGUCGUCCCGCAAGCACGCCGCGGCGCCGUCCGACUCCAACCGCGGCGCAGGCGAAGAGUCGCACGCCCCAUCAAGCCCAAACGCACCUGGCGCCAAAGCGUCUUGGUCUGGCUCGCCACGCUCGUCCACUUUGUACGCUUGCUCGCCUCGCCCGCCGAGGCGCUGCGUCGCUUCAAAGAGUACUGCACCGACACGCGCAUCUCCAUCGACGAUGCCUUCCGCCACCCGCACACGGGCAUGCGCAGCUACUACCCGCCCUGGCUCCAGGCGUACGUGCCGCUGCUCAUCUGGCUCGCCAUCAGCCUCACCAGCACCGCGCUCGUCAUCACCUUCCACACCCAGGUCUUUGUCGGCCUCGACCACAUGGCCGCCUACCUCCAGGGCCUCGGCCUGCGCGGCAAGUUGAUGCUCGGCUCGCUCAUCUUCCUCACCACCUUUCCGCCACUGCCGCUCUACUCGACGCUCAUCAUGCUCUGCGGAUUCACUUUCGGCCUCUGGCAGGGCUUCAUCAUCAGCUACAUUGCGGCGCUGUCCGGCGCCAUCGUGGUGUUUGUGCUCAGCCGCUCACUGCUGCGCGAAUGGAUGGUGGGCCUGCUCAACAAGAGCGGCGGCCUCAAAAAGGUGGUGCGCGCCAUCGAGAAGCAGCCCAAGCUGCUCUUCCUCGUGCGUCUGGCGCCGUAUCCGUACAACCUGAUGAACACGCUGCUCGCCAGCUCGCCCACGCUCACCAUGCGCACCUACGUCACGUGCACCGCGCUCGCGCUGCCCAAGCUGCUCAUCCACACGGGGCUCGGCACAUCCAUCAAGAACUUUGCCGCCUACAACGGCGCCGCCGAAGGCGUCAGCAAGGAGGAGGCGGCAGCUUCGCAGACGGCCGAAAACGUCAAAAAGUGGGCGGGCCUCGUGGGCAUUGGGCUGUGCAUCGGCAUCAUGGUCUACUUACUGUCGGUAGCGCGGCGUGCGGUGGACGAGCUGGACGACGAGGCGGACGACGGAUACGACGAUGUGCUGCUCGACGAAGAAGGUGAAGAGCUGCUCUCGUCGGACCUGGACGACGAGGACGGUGACGAAGGCGACGAGGUUGACGAUGGACGCGACCGCGGCGCCGGCGUCGACAUGCGCGAGCGAGCGGGUCCGUCGACGCUUGGAUUCCGCAACGGCUACGCGCCCAUCACCUCGUCGCCCGAAGAGCGGCUGCGACAGAGCAUGCGCCAGCCGCAGCCCAUGCCCGGUCCCUUGGUGCUGCCCGGAUCGAGCUACGAACGAGCGUCUGGCUCGGGCUCGUUUGACGGCAGAGUGUCGCUCAGCGGCAGCGGCUCGGUGGGAGCGCCCUCGAUCGAUCUGGCCGACAAGAUCGCCGAGAUGGAGGCGCAUGCUGAGAAUAUGACGUUCGAGUCGCCGCUGCACAACGGCGCCGAGAUGCACUCGGCCUCGCCGCGGUGGUCGCCCUUGGUGGCUAAUCUAGAGGAGAGCGCCCAGCAGGCGCCUGCGUUGCUGCUCGAUGGCCAGGCGCCUGAGUUCACACAGCAACACGCGCCGCAUGGCAGGACAUGGGAUCUCGCACGCUUGGAUCCCUCGACAGAGCCGACGCUAAACCAACCCAACACGCUCGCAUCCACGGCGCAACUAGCUCCAGCCUCUCGAUCAGCUUAUCUGCAUUCAAAGAGCAUCAUCAUGGCCGAAGCAACGACCAACAAGAGGUCCAAGAUGGAUCCCAAUGAGCACAUUAUCACGCACUCGGGCACGUUCCACGCGGACGAGGCGCUUGCGGUCAACCUUCUGCGCAAGCUGCCGCGCUUUGCCUCUGCGCCGCUCACGCGCACGCGCGACGCCGCCACGAUCGACAAGGGCACCAUCGUCGUCGACGUCGGCGCGACGUACGAUGCCGCCACGCACAGGUACGACCACCACCAGCGCGGCUUCGAAGAGGUCUUCGACGACAAGCACGCCACGAAGCUGUCGAGCGCCGGACUGGUGUGGAAGCACUUUGGGCGCGAGAUCGUCGCGGCGCAUCUGAAGCUCGGCGACAAGGACAAGGAGGUGGUGGAGCUGCUGUACAACAAGCUGUACGACGACUUUGUCGAGGCGAUCGAUGGGAUCGACAACGGCAUCGCGCAGUAUCCGAACGAGCUCAAGCCCAAGUACAAGAGCCGCACGGAUCUGUCGGCGCGCGUGGGGUAUCUCAACCCGCGCUGGAACGAAAAGUCGAGCGAUGCCGAGCUGGACAAGCGCUUUGAGCAGGCCAGUGCCAUGGCGGGCAAGGAGUUUUUCGAUCGACUCGACUACACGUUCAACGCUUGGCUGCCUGCACGUCAGAUCGUGGUGGAUGCGCUGGCGAAGCGUACGCACCCGCAGCUGCUGGUGUUUGACGAGUUUGCCAGCUGGAAGGACCACCUGUUUACACUCGAGCACGAGCUGGCCAUCGCGCCCACGGAGCGCGCGAUCUAUGUGGUGUACCCGGACGAGUCGGGCAAGUGGCGCGUGCAGGCGGUGCCCGUAAGCGCCGAGAGCUUUAUCUCUCGCAAGGCUCUGCCCGAACCGUGGCGGGGGAUUCGGGACGAAGCGCUGUCGCAGCUCACCGGCAUCCCCGGGUGUAUCUUUGUGCACCAGAGUGGGUUCAUCGGUGGCAAUGCCACACGCGAAGGAGCGCUCAAGAUGGCCAGUGAUGCACUGGCGCACACGGGGGUAGAGUUUAUCCACUCUGCGCCUGUGGCUGGUGAUGCGGAUGGGCAUAGUCACUCGCAUGCGGGUGGGGACCAUGGGCAUACGCACGAUAUCAUGGAGCAUCCGGGCAAGUUCAAUGACCGGGAGCUGCCGAACUACGAGGCGCGCAACUGGAGCGAGCGAGCGUUCACCGUGGGGAUUGGAGGACCGGUGGGGUCGGGUAAGACGGCGCUGCUGUUGUCGCUGUGUCGUAAGCUGCGCGAGAAGUUGAACCUUGGCGUUGUUACGAACGACAUCUUUACGCGCGAGGAUCAGGAGUUUCUGCGACGUCAUGCUGCUCUCACGCCCGAGACACGAAUUCGGGCUAUUGAGACGGGAGGAUGUCCGCACGCGGCGAUUCGCGAGGAUAUCAGUGCGAACCUGGACGCGCUCGAGCAGCUGCAGGCGCAGUUCUCCACGCAGCUGCUCUUCGUCGAGAGCGGUGGUGAUAACCUGGCAGCAGCGUACUCGGUGGAGCUGGCGGAUUUCCACGUGUACGUAAUCGAUGUGGCGGGAGGCGACAAGGUGCCUCGUAAAGGUGGACCGAGCAUUACGCAGAGCGAUGUGCUGGUGAUCAACAAGAUCGACCUGGCCGAUCAGGUGGGUGCCGACCUGGGCGUCAUGAAGCGCGAUGCCGAGAGGGUGCGCGAUGGCGGACCCACCGUGUUUAGCUCGGUCAAGCUCGAUCAGGGCGUGGAUGCGGUGGUGGAGAUGAUCCUUGCUGCGCGUCGAAUCGCCGGUGCCGACAAGGCUGGCCAGCCCAUCGCCUAA